GUGACCGACUCGCGUUCUCCCGUUCCCCUCCCCACUUAUAAGAGAAACCGACUGCUAAACGGUAUCCGAGACUUACGUGUGAUCUCCCAAGAUGGCGACUACAGUCUUCACCAAAUCAGUGACCUCCGCCAUGCAGCGCAUCGCGCCCCUCGUCUUAGCUGGAUCCUGGGACAAUGUCGGGCUCAUACUCGAAUCGGCGACCGCAAGCAACAGCAACAAAGUCCUUCUGACUAUCGACGUCACACCCGCCGUCUGUGAAGAAGCGAUCUCCCAUAACGUUUCGAUGAUAGUGUCCUAUCACCCGCCCAUAUUCCACGCACUCAAGUCUCUGACUCUGUCGACUCCCUUACAAAAAACGCUUCUUCGAUGUGCCAGUGCUGGCAUUUCGAUCUACUCUCCCCAUAGCGCACUUGACAGUGUUUUCGAUGGGAUGAACGACUGGCUAGCCAAGUGCAUCGAAGCAGACCCCCAACGGGUGUCGUGUCUCGACACCAAGCCGUCGACUGCAGCCAUCGGUGGCGAUGGCCGCCGUGUUACUUUCGACCCCCCAAUCUCCAUGAGCGUUUUGGAGGAGCGAAUCAAGAAACAUCUGAGUCUUUCUCAGAUUCAAGUCGGAUACUCGACAAUCAAGCCCGAUCGCCUCGUUCACACUGUUGCCAUCUGUGCUGGAUCAGGCGGAGGUAUGUUCCAGAGUCUGAAGACAAUUGCGGAUGUCUAUUUUACGGGGGAGAUGCAGCAUGAUCAGGUCCUUGCGGCACUCGGGAGCGGAACCCAUGUCAUCCUUUGUGCGCUGCUUUCCGUUUGGUUUUUGGUUUCUCAUCUCUCUUAGGCGGGCACACCAACACCGAACGCGGUUUCCUUCCCAUUUUGGCAAACCGAUUGACUUCUGAGCUCAAGACGGAUGCUACUGAUGUUGAAGUUCUCGUCAGUCAAAGUGACGCACAUCCUCUACAGAUGAUUUGAACAGGAAGUUGUGGACAAGUCACCCAUCGUUAAGCUGUUGGUCGUCGGUAACAUGUACAUAGGCGACAGAAUUGAUCUAGCUGCUGACCUGAGCCAUAAAGCGUGCAAUGC